AUGGACUUUUAGACCAAAAAAUAGAACAACUCAAUGCACCAAUCUCACUACCACACCCUGUAUUUCCAAAUCCAUUUAGAAAAAAACCCUGCCGCACACAUACUCCAUCCAUCGCAACAGCUCAAUCGACGCUACUGGGUAUUCUCCUCCAUCUUCCACCUUCUUCAUCCUUCCAAUUUUCACUCGGGUUGAUUAAUCAUCAACCUUUCCCUGUUCAGGUACAGAACGGAGAGAUAGCAAGAUAUAAUGGUCAGAAGUGUCAAAAAUGCUAAGAAGGCUAAGCGAAAGAGAAAGGAUGGGAAGAAAGGAGAAGCCGCAUCUUCAUCGAAUUCGAUGCCUUCCAUGCCAGCUAAGGUGUGGCAACCCGGUGUAGACCAGUUAGACGAAGGAGAACAGCUUCAGUUCGAUCCUUCUGCUUACAACACUCUACGUGGCUUUAACAUUGGGUGGCCUUGCUUGAGCUUUGAUAUUCUACAUGACUCUCUAGGGUUGGUGCGGACAGAGUUCCCGCAUACUGUGUACUCUGUGGCAGGAACUCAGGCUGAGAAAAGCUCAUGGAACUAUAUUGGAAUAUUCAAGAUAUCUAAUAUAUCUGGAAAGAGGCGUGAGUUAGUACCCAAAUCUAAAUCUGAGGAUAACAUGGAAAGUGAUAGCAGUGAUAGUAGUGACAGUGAAGAAGAAGACGAAGAUGAAUCUGCAAACCUUGUUUUUCAGCUUCGUAAGGUGUCUCAUGAAGGAUGUGUUAAUCGCAUACGUGCCAUGACACAGAACCCCCAUAUUUGUGCUUCAUGGUCAGAUAGCGGACAUGUUCAGAUUUGGGAUCUUAGCUCUCAUUUAAAUGCAAUGGCGGGAUCACAAGGUGAUAUUAUCCAUGGGGCCUCUGAAGUUUCUAGUCAAUCACCUUUAGUUAAGUAUAGCGGACAUAAAGAUGAAGGCUAUGCUAUUGACUGGAGUCCUCUUGAUCCUGGAAGGCUCGUAUCAGGGGAUUGCAAGAAUUCUAUUCAUCUAUGGGAGCCAACUUCUGGAGCAACUUGGAAUAUUGAUCAAAAUCCUUUUAUUGGACAUAUUGCAAGUGUUGAAGACCUGCAGUGGAGCCCCACAGAACCUUCUGUAUUUGCCUCUUGUUCUGUGGAUAAAAAUAUUGCAAUAUGGGAUAUACGUGUUGGAAAAUCUCCUGCAGCAUCGAUAAAGGCACACAAUGCAGAUGUUAAUGUUAUUUCUUGGAACAGGUUGGCAAGCUGUAUGCUGGCAUCUGGAAGUGAUGAUGGGACAUUUUCCAUCCGAGAUCUUAGAUUGCUCAAGGAAGGAGAUGCUGUAGUUGCCCACUUUGAGUAUCAUAAAAGCCCAAUCACAUCUAUUGAAUGGAGUCCACACGAAGCAUCAACACUUGCAGUUACAUCAUCAGACAAUCAAUUGACAAUAUGGGACCUUUCUUUGGAAAGAGAUGAGGAAGAAGAAGCAGAGUUCAAAGCAAAAACCAAGGAGGAGGUGAAUGCCCCUGCUGAUUUGCCACCACAACUUCUCUUUGUCCAUCAGGGUCAGAAUGAUUUGAAGGAACUUCACUGGCAUUCCCAAAUUCCUGGAAUGAUCUUAUCCACAGCUGCUGAUGGUUUUAACAUCUUAAUGCCAUCAAACAUAGAAAACAUGCUCCCUCCAGCCAAGGAUGCUUAAGUUAAAAUUCAUUUGUUUUCUAAAGCUCAAUUCUUGCUUCUUUGGUAGUGUUUAUGUUUUUCGUGUCUAACAAUUAUCUUUGCUGCCAAAUCUUUUGCAUAAAUAUAUUCGCGGGCUGUCAAUUUUGUCCAUUAGGUAGCUUCUAGUCGGCAUUUGGAAAGGAAAACUACUAGUUUCUUUAGAGAGAGAAGUGUCACUUUGUAAUCAAUUUGUCUGAACAAUUUGAUUUAUUUGUCUAGAUAUAAUUGCAAUGUUUGGAUCUCGAGAAUCUCAUGAGUUGGUGACUUGGUGUCAAACAGAUCAGACCUAAAUGGACAUGAAAACUUGUUUUUAUUACCCUGAAAUAUGGGUGGACUCGGUCCAGGUACCAGUUGGGACCGGGAUUGCCCGGUUUUUGAACUGGGACCAAGAUUGAGAAAUAUGAUUCCAGUUUGAGCCCGAGACCCGACCAGUGGGAAAUCAGUUAAGGUCCUAGUCCUCCAUUUUUUUAGUUUGGGAUCGGAUUGGUUCCGUCCUUUUGCUAUGAAACAAUGGGAAAGGAUUUCACAAGGGUUGAAGGCCCAUUUAAAAGUUUAAAAGAAGUGUAGAUGGGAUGGAGAGGGCCAUAAAGGGUUUAAAAUCAUAUUAACAAAAUAAAAAGUCCAGACCAGACGGGAACUAGGCAUGGACUGGGCCGGUUUGGGCUGGUCCGGCCUGGCUGAUCGGGACCGGGGCCCUGAAUCGGGGGUAUUAGGGACGAGCUUUGGGUUGCUGAAAAGGUGGAUCGGGACCGGGACCGGAGCCUUUUUUUUUUUUACAUUUUAAGGGCCGUUAGGUGAGUGGUUGGGGAGUUUGGGGAUGGGGGUAGGGGGUAAGGGUAUGAAUAAAUUAGGAAAAACAAUUUUUUUUAAAAAAAUUUGACCCAGGCCAGUACCGGGCUUGCAACCCAAAUACCUAGGCCCGCCCAAUCUUGAACCGGGUCUUGGCCUGGUCCCAGUCCAACCCUAACGGGAACUAGGGGUGGACCGGUUCCGGUUAGGGCCUGGGCCCGGGCGGGCCUCGGUUCAAGAAGGGGAAGCCCAGAACCGGCCCGGGUAACCUCCGGGUCCGGGUCGGGCCGGGUCUCGGUUCUAUUUUUUUUUGGCUUUUCCUAGUUAACCCCCAACCCUCCCCCUCACCCCCAAAUCAACCCUAACCACCUCAAAUGGCCCAAAAUACCCAGCCCAACCCAAACACUUAAAAAAAUUACAAAAAAAAAAAAAAAAAAAAAAAAAAAAAAAUUGGCCCGACCCGGGCUUGAACCGGCCGGCCCGAGCUCGAACCGGCCGGGCCGGUUCACCUUUUGGAGGGCCCGAGCCCGAACCGCCAUCCCACCGGGCCUAGAACCGGUUCAUCGGUUCGGGCCGGGACCGCACAGUAGCGGGCCGGUCCGGUUUCGGGUCGGUUGGCCCGGCCCGAGUCCACCCCUAACGGGAACGAAAACCGAAUGGAGACCAGUUGGGUCUUGAAAUAGAGGUCCUGGUCUUGUGCCUCUAUUUAUUUUUCCAAAGUCUGGCCAGUCUGAGACUAGAACGGGACCAGUACCGGGUCCACACCUACCCUAAAAUGUAUUUUUUUUCUUUGUCACCCAUUUUUAUUUUACAUUUUAAAUAUAAAUUAAAAACGAUGCUUUGCAAUAUUCUUGUAAAAAUCUAUGGGGAGGG